AUGACAGAACCAGUGAGCAUAGCGUGGCUGGACAGCGUAUCCAAGGAACAGUUGGUGUCCAUCACACAAGAACUGGGCAUCGAACACACAGGCACCACUCGAGAGAUAAGGAAACGGAUAGCGGCAUGGGCCGCCAAAGCACUCAUCGAUCCGGAACUUCACGCAAAAUUUCUCGCGAUGGAAGCAGCAUACAACGAACAGGAGGCCCACUGGAGAAACGAAAGCGAACCAAAGACACCGUUAACCGUGAAUCAAGGCGAAAGAACUGCUAAUGUGCCCGUUAGGCCGCCAACGCAGAGCCAGUUCGCAUAUCCACCACCAAGUCUACAACCGCCAACGACAUCCAUUGCACCAAACGCUGACGUGCUAAACAACGGCAACCAUGUGCCGACCGUUACCUUUGCGCCCAUCAUCGACCAGGUACGCAAGUGGUCGGUGAAGUACGAUGGAGGACGCGACCCGUUGGCGUUUGCAGAACGAUUGGAGGAGUUAGCCGACGUCUACGCAUUAAACGUAGACCUAUUACCAAAGACGAUGCCUGAAUUGCUAAGCGGCACCGCCCUCCAGUGGUACCGCAACAACAACGAACACUGGAGCACCUGGCACUCAUUCAAACGUGAUUUCCUGAAUUUUUUUCUGCCGGCCCAGUAUUUUGAGCGUUUGGAAGACGACAUCAGGCAACGGAGACAGCGCCCGCGAGAAAAGUUUAAGGACUACGUGAUCGCGAUCCAGAACCUGAUGCGACGUGCAGCCUACAGCAACGAACAACGGUUGGAGAGAAUCUUCCGCAAUAGUCACGCCGAUUACUUACUGUACAUUAAACGGCGGGAUUUUAACACCUUGCCGGAGCUUCUAGCGCUCGCGGAAGAGUACGAAGGCAUACAAGAAAGUCGUCGACGUGCCCCAGAAGUAUCACGACAUGAAGUAGCGAGGCACGUUGGUGACGACACCAUUAUGUCACCAUCCCCACCGAGACAGGCAUUUCAGCGACGACCACCACCACGCAGGGAACAGCAUCAUCGAGAGGCAUCGUAUAAUAACGCCGCGAGGACCCCACCCCCUUCGAGAGCCACAAUUCAAACUGAUCAUAGCGGCAACACAUGCAGGAGGUGUGGCCAAGAGGGACACUACGCCCGAAGGUGCCGUAACCCACAGAAGCUGUUCUGUUGGGAGUGUGGCCGGGCCGACAUACGGACAAUAGAGUGCUGCCGGAGGCGUCCGGGAAAACGACAGAGGGCUUCAGCAGAGGACCGGCGCGAUGAAGCCCCCGAGUACAGCGCCGGACAACCAAUAAUUUUGAGCCAGGAACGCGGCCGCCUCUACGCCCUAAUCUCGUUGGGUGGAGCGCCCGCGGAAGCCGUCAUCGACACAGGAGCCUCGAGAAGCUUCGUGUCCGCCAGCGUGGCGGAGCAAUUGGUUAGCUUGGGGAGAGGCAAAAAGAUAACUGUGGCCAUAGGAAUCCUUAUGGCCGAUGGUACCAGGAACCAAAUAUCCGAUGCCGUGAGGACCGUAAUCCGCCUCGGGCAAACGAUCCACAACGCCGUUCUGUAUGUCAUGCCUGGAGCAAUUGACGACAUCAUUUUGGGCCUAGACACAUUAGGGGGAAUGGGAGCUACGGUGUCCUGCGGCGGGCACCGCGUCGUAUUGACGGAACCACCUAUACAACCCACGUCGGCGACACCCAGCGAGCCAACACCAAGCACCGAGAACCCCGAACCACCCGCCAUGACGAACCAUAGCCCACCAAGGAGCAGAAAAGGGAGGCGCCUUACAAGGCGACGGUCCGCAAGGGAGAAUAUCAAUAGAGUUGAACACGAGGAUCUCAACCACGAAGAUGAGGCAGCCCGCAUACGCGACUUUCUAGCCGAAGAACUGCAAAAAUUCGAGAAUAUUAGCGGAGUAGCCACCGUGGGAGAGCACCGGAUCAUCAUGACUGAUGAACGUCCCAUCAAACAGCGGUACUUCCCGCGCAACCCUGCGAUGCAAUCUGUAAUCGACACGGAAAUCGAUGAGCUACUCAAGAAAGGAUGUAUUGAGCCGUCUCGCAGUCCGCACAGUGCGCCGAUCGUACUAGCCCGGAAGAAGAACGGCAAGUGGCGCUUAUGCGUGGACUACCGGCAGCUCAAUGCCCGGUCAGUACCGGACGCAUACCCCUUGCCGAGGAUACAGCACAUACUGGACAAACUGCGCCAGGCAAAGUACAUAAGUAGUUUAGACCUCAAGAACGGGUACUGGCAGAUACCCCUGGAGCCCAAGAGCCGCCCGUACACAGCCUUCACCGUACCGGGACGCGGCCUGUUUCAGUGGCGCGUCAUGCCGUUCGGCCUACAUUCCGCCCCCGCCACAUUCCAGAGAGCGCUAGACCAAGUCAUCGGCCCGGAAAUGGAGCCCUACGCGUUUGCCUACCUCGACGACAUAAUCGUCAUAGGCUCCACCUUCGACGAACACGUGGAACACUUGCGGGAGGUACUCCGACGACUACAGCGGGCCAACCUGUGCAUUAACCCCGAGAAGUGCGACUUUUUUAAAAGGGAGCUCCGGUACUUGGGCCACGUCAUUAGUGACAAGGGUAUACACACCGACCCCGACAAAGUUGCCGCCAUCAAGGAACUAAAACCACCGACCAACGUGAAGGAG